AAGUAAAGUCCCUAUUUCACCCGUAACAGCUAAAGGUAUUAAUGCAUUUUGACUCUAAUUCAUUUGUCAGCUUCAAUAAGCCAGUCAUUUUACUUAAAAAGGCAAGUAUGAUAUAGCUCAGCUGACCAAUCAUGGAUCAAAAGGCAAAUAUUUAGGGAAGUUCUAAUGGAGGGGGGGACAAAAAGCAGUAAUUGAGUCCUUUUUCUUAUUGAAACAUAAUGUUCCUGUGUAGACAUCGUUUAGUUCGUCAAUUAAACAAAUCAAACACGACAAGAUAUAUCACAUCACGGUUUGGUUCAUCUUCUUGUGACAAUGAUGCCAAAGAAGUGAAAUUAAGAAAUAAAGGACAAGAGAAAUCAAGCACAAAUAGCAACAACAACAACAAUAAUAAUAACAAGAAAAAGCCUCUAUCAUUUGUACCUGUGAUCAAUAUUCCAGAAAAAGAACUUGCACAUAAUGCCUUUUUUGCACUUCACAGACCCCUUUUGGGAUUAUCAAAUGAAAAUACCAAACCUUUCUUCUCAAGUAGACCACUUGAAGAAGAGCAGCAAGCAGAAUUAGAUGAAUUGCUUGCACAAUAUAUGUCUACGUUAGAACCAUUUGUUGAACCGUUACCACCAGGAAGUGGUAAUAAUAUCAUUACACAUCAGCCCUUACAGCCAUCAUCACAGUUCACAGAAGUGUCGAUUCAAACUGACCUUGAAUAUAUGGAUGAUUUAGACUUGGAGUUUACACAACCACUUCAAACCGAAGAUAUUGCUCCUACCUCACAGCUGCCGAUAUUUCGUAUGCCAGAGAGUUCAGAUAUAUUAGACUUUUUAACUACGAUAGAGAGUAAACUGCAUAAAGAAGACGCAAACAUAGAGCAGAAAGAGACCAUAAGAUUAAAGAAGUUAGAUAUCUUAAAUAACUCAAGACGAUAUACUUCACCAAGAUUCUAUGCAAGUGGAUUAAGACGCACACCUUUACGGUUCCGCUCAAAAUAGCUUUAUAAAAUAAAAUAAAAAAAAAUAAUGUUAUUUGUCGAUAAAAAGGGGGCAAUGGGAUUUAUUUUAUAAACACUCUACAAGACGAUAUAAAAUCGUAAAGAAGGCUCAGAGCAAUA